AUGAUGAAUGCUGCACAUGCCACAGCUUCCGAAGACCUCCAAGACACCACGGAAUCUGAGACUAAAAAUCCCAAUAAAAAUGACAGCAGUGGCCCACAGAAGAAGGAAGAGGAAGGGGACCAUCCAAAGUUGAGAAAGGAGCCAGAAUCAAUAUCUGAGACGGAUCCAGCAGACGCACUGGAAUUGUGGCAAAAAUGGGUCCCCAUGGAUCCAACACUCUACCAGUUUCUUCACACGGCUCAACUCGCCAUGCUCCAGAAAAUUCACGAACUAUUUCAACAAGCAGAUAAUAAUAUUCCCUAUUGGAUUUGUGGAGGGACAUUGAUGGGGGCCAUUCGACACGGCGGGCUCAUCCCGCACGACGACGACGUCGAUAUCGAAUGUUACCAGCACGAUCUGGAACGUAUUGCCCAACUACCCGUCGAUGAUUUUUAUUCCGGAUUCAUUCCCCGAAAGGGAACUUGGAAUGGUCAUGUCGUGGCCAAACUCCUAUUUUGGAAUGGCAUGUUGGAAGUCGAUGUCUUUCCACGACCGUCACCCUUGCCAGAAGGAGAUCGGCAUUUUCCAUCCCAACCAGAAGUAUUUCCAAGGUCUCUCUACACAUUUGACAGCAACAAUCUCCUUCGGGUGUGGGGACCGAAUCGAGAACAGUGCGGGGAGUACCUCGAUCGAUGUUAUGGCCCGGAUUGGAGGGACACGGUCUGCGUCUACAAUCACGACUAUAAUUGGUAUCACGGGGCGGGAUUUGAUCCUCGCAAACAAGUCCUAUCUCUGACACGGUACAAUGCCAUUGUUCAACGAGCGGGGGUACUUUCAUCACUGCUACAAAUCGAAUCGACGGCACAAGCCACAGUGGAACGAAUGCUAGAGCAGCAUGGCAGCUGGGAACACGUUCAAGAAAAGUACAAUCAGUAUAAACGACAACGAGUCUUUCGAUGGAAUAGGGCCGCCGCAGAGUAUCGUGAGAUGUUGCAAGAGCAGCGACAGAAAGAGCAACAACAACUAGCGCAAGACGAAGAGGAAGGAGUAGAAUCAACAUGA